GAAUAAUUAAAAAAAAUCAGCUCUUAAAUAUUAAUAAAAAAUAUUAAAAAUUAAUUAGCAUAUUAAUACUCUCUUACCACUAAACCCACAUAUAAAAAACAUAUUAAAAUCCCUCUUAACCAUCUUUCAAAUUACAAAAGAAAAAUUCUAUUUACACGCAAAAUGAAUAACCCACAAAGCAAUAUGUUUAAUUAAAAUUAUUUUUAGCAUCAGCAAAUUCAGUACAGCGCUUAUGUUAAAAAUACAUUUUAACUUAAUAAUAGUGCAUCAUCCAAAGUUUGUCUCUCUAAUAACUAGCUACCUUUUGGUUUUCCUUAAGACUUACUAAGCUUUGCAAAUAAGAAAAGGAGAGAAUCUGAUUCAGAAAAUAUGAACACCUAAUUUUCUCCAGAAGCUGAACAAAGAUGCAUGCAAUAUCAAUUUAGCUUUAAUGGAAAAAAUUAGGAUAUUUAUUCUAGUAAAUAGCAUACUACUUCACAAUUAAAUCCCGAAUAUAAUAACUAUAAUGCUUCAAACUUAUCAACUUCAACCUCAUCAUAAUCAUCCUCCUACUCUUCUUCUUCUCAAUCAUCUUCCUCGUCAUCCUUGCAAUCAUAAAUUUGCUCCUCUUCAUUUUUAUCUUAGUCUAAUUUUUCCUCAACGACUAGUUAAUAACAAUAGAAUAUUGAUAAGUCGAAAUGCUCAAAUGCCUUUGUAAUUGACAACUUGGUGCAAAAGAAAAAAAAUAGCUUUGGUAGCAGUAACAUGAACCAAUAGCCUUUAUAAUAGUCCUAACUAAACAAUUUAACACAGGGCCCUAAUCAGUAGGAAACUAGUAAAUUUAAGACAGAAAUGUGUAAAAACUGGAUGGAAUUUGGAAAAUGCAAUUACGGAAAAAAGUGCUAGUUUGCUCAUGGCAAAAAUGAGUUAGUCGAUAAAAGCACUGUAAAUAAAAGACAAUAUAAAUCAAAAUUAUGUAACUCUUUCCAUACAUAAAAAUUCUGCCCAUACGGAAACAGAUGUAUGUUUAUUCAUGAAUCAAGAACAGUUACUGAAAUAAGACAGUCAACCUACUAUUAAAAAAUUCUAUAUAAUCUUGAUGAACAAAAUAAUAAAAUAAUUAAUUUUUGUGAAUUAUAACAAGAAUCUAAAUAAUAAACUCCUUUAGAAUAACAAAGUUGCGAGCUUUCAAGUAAUUCUGGGUAGUAUUAACCUAUUAGAAAUACUUUAAAUUCUUCAACUUCUUUUAGACUCCCUAUUUUUUAGUUGAUUGGUUCUUAACAAAAAGAGUUUAAUAUUUCUUAAUCAAAUUUGAAUGAAUCUAUUAAUGCAUGA